AUAAAAAAAACGCCACUAUAGUGCGCCAGGGAGCUGGAGUUGGUGACCCUCACUCAAAGAUAUUUGAAAAGAAAGCCUUUGGUCAGGCAUUGAUGGAGAUCUAAGGGACAAACACUACGACAGUGACUAGUGGCGAUGGUGGACAGCUCGCUGCGAAGGGGAACCGAGUCUUGACGGUUGGCGACGGUUCUUCUCCUUCUCGUCCGUUGGGCACCUCCAAAUUUAAGAAUGGCCGGUCUCCUGCAAGUUGGUCCCUCUGCCCCGGUGGCAUCACGCAGGAAUGAGAUGAAGAUGCCAUCGGCCCUUGAAAGAAUUUCGCAUACCUGCCACCGCGCACCACUGGCAUCUCCAGGAAAAACGGGAAUGGUGGUUUGGUGCAGCCUGAGGGGUGGGCCGAGGAGGCCGCUGUGGAGGGGCAGGGUUAUGAGCACUGAGACCAUUCAAGCGGUGCAGUCCCUGAAGCUAGCCAAGCACUCCCCAGACAAGUUGGCGUCGGUGUUUGGCAGCAGCAUCGGCAGGCUCAUAAAGUCAGACCUCCUUGCUACCUUGGCUGAGCUGCAAAGGCAGAACGAGUUUGAAUUAGCCAUCAUGGUAUUUGAUUUUCUGCGAAAGGAAUCAUGGUACAGACCAGAUCUUUCACUGUACUCCGAUAUGCUGUUUAUGCUGGGAAAAAACAAAUUGGUUGAGAUGGCCGAGGAACUUUUUGCUGAACUAAAAAGUGAAGGCCUAGGACCUGAUACCAGGGCUUAUACUGAGAUGAUUGGAGCCUUCCUACAGGCAGGUAUGGUAGACAAGGCAAUGGAGGCAUACAGACUAAUGAAGGAGGGAGGCUGCGAGCCAGAUAAGCUUACAUUAACCAUUCUUAUAAGAAACCUUGAGAAGAUGGGAGACAAGCAGCUUGCUUUGGAUGUUAAAAAGGAGUGUGCUGAAUACAUGGAUUUUCCACAGAGGUUUCUCAAGAAAGUUGGAAGAGACUAUCCAAAAAGAAGACCUUUUGAGUUUAUUUGAAGAGCCAUUGAGCUGGUGCAGAUGAUUGUGUCACAAGGCCAUCAUGAUAAGCUGCAAAUGUAUUUUGAGAAAGGGGCCUUAACUUCAGACCUUAAUGUUGUUUGUGCAGCCUCUCUCACGUGAUAAUGAGGUGAAUGUGAGCAUCAGAUGAUCUCAAUGUUUUGCCUUCUAGGACCUCUGGCUGUGUCGUGCUCUUUGGGUGCUUGGGCAGCCGAGCGGAAAAUUCAGUUUGGGUCUAUAUCAUGGGAAACCACAUAGAUUGGCUGGAGAAGAAGCGAUUGAAUCCUGAAUGUCCCAAUAUACCCCGUAAGACAUUAUGUAUUAUUCAACCUUUGCUUCUUUUUAGUAGUCUUAAUACUAAAUCCUCCUUAUAUUA